UCAAUAAAUAUUCAUACAAGACCAAUAAUGAAGACGUGAUUAUGAAUAGCUGUUUCAAUAUUAUCAACCAAUAGAAAUAAAAUCUCUUAUUAAUUUAAUAAUUAUCUGAAUAUCAUUGAUCGAUACGUAUUAGAAAAUAUUUUGACGAUCGUUUACGGUAAUCAAAAUAUAAUGUGAACGUCGAAUAAACUAUGAAUAUAUUAUUCAAUGAACCGAAUCAUUUAUUGUGACGUAUAAACAAGUGGUUCUUUCCUUUCUUUGAAGGUUCCCACGCAGAGAAUUAAUUAUAAACGCGCGCGCGUGCGCAUGCUUUAACACUGACAAUAUCGACUGCCACAGAACGAGACCGAAAGUGUACUUUAUCACAUCGUGAUCGUCUUUGUUUCUCUUUCGCACUUUCCUUCUCUCUCUCUCUCUCUCUUUCUUUCUCUCUCUCUCUCUCUCUCUCUCUCUCUCUCUCUCUCUUUCAUCUGUAAAGCCAUUUAAUCUCGUGAUGAUAAUAUGAAGAUACAAGGACGAUCAUUAAAGACAAGAUAUAUUAGAGAAGAAACGAAACAUUUGUCUCGUCAUGCAGUUAUAGUUUGAUAAUUAUUAUCAAGCUCGAUUUCUCUUUGGAAAGAAGUGUAAUUAUUGAUUUCGAUCUGUCGAAGAUAAAAAUAGAAAUAAGAAUAACGAGUAUCGAUAUGAUUUGUCGUCUUUCAAGAUAAUCGAGACAACUACGAAAGAAGAAAAUUUCGAAGAUCCAUUUGGAAGACAUCGUAUAAAUAACAAUGAUUAAAAAAGUUCGAUAUCUCUUUGCAAUAAUGCUUUGCAUUGCGAAUAUGAUCAUCUACGGUCUCAAGGUCAACAUCGCGACAGCUAUAAUUGGUAUGGUGAAACUUCAAGAAUCCGUGGCAUCAGAUGAGUGUCCUGAAUUUGAGAGUGAAAAUGAAAGGGAGACAACAGAUCUGGAAGGACCAUUUAGUUGGUCGACCACUCAGCAAGGACUCGUUAUUAGUAUAUAUUUCGCAGGAUAUCUCAUUGGAAUGUUUCCUUCGGGAUAUUUCUCCGAUCGAUUUAACACGAAGAAUGUAUUACUGAUUUGUGUAUUAUCCAACGCAAUUCUAACGAUCAUCGUGCCAAUCUGCGCAAGCAUUUUGCCACUCCUCCUAUUCAUCAGAUUUCUAACGGGUGUUAUGAGUGCCGCUAAUCUUCCAAUAGUGAACGUUCUGUUGGGAAAAUGGAUCGUUUAUGAGGAAAAGAGUAUGUGGGUUGGGAUAAUCUACGCCGGAACAUCUCUAGGAACUGUUGUAUCGAUUUUCACAUCCGGCUUAAUUCUGAGAGAUUUAGGAUGGGAGGCUGUCUUUUAUAUUCAUGGUACACUCCCGUUAAUUUGGUGUAUAGUUUUUUAUUAUUUCUUCGAGGAUAGUCCAGAAAAACAAAAAUUCAUAACCGAAGAGGAAAGAUCACUUAUAAUCAAUACGUAUGGUCAUCGUACGCCACAAUCGGCAAAAACAAAAGUCCCUUGGAAACCGAUCUUUACUUCUGUACCAUUUUGGGCACUUAUCUGGACUAAUACUCUUGGAAAUUUUUGUUGGUAUUUCUUACUCACUCAAAUGCCACUUUACAUGAAUAAAAUUCUCCGAUAUGAUAUUAAAUCCAACGCAACGAUCACCUGUUCGCCAUAUUUAAUAAACUCCGUGACUAAUCCUCUGCUUGGUAAAUUAUUAGAUUGGGGAAGAAAUAAAGGUAUUUGGUCGCAAACGAGGGCAAGAAAACUUGCCGUUUUCAUAAGUAGUAUUCCACCCUGCAUUUUUCUCAUAGUGAUCAUAUACAUUGGAUGUAAUCGUUUAGUCGCAACGAUACUUUUGGUUUUGAGUAUCAUUAUUGGUGGUGCAAUAUUCGUCGGUCAUCUUUGCAAUCAAAACGAUUUGGCACCGAAUUACGCCGGUAUCCUUAUGGGAAUAACGAACACACCAGGAACAAUUUCAGCAUUCAUCUUACCAGCCUUGGUGGGCGCUUUAAUGGAAGAAGGACACACAUUUGAACGUUGGAAAUAUGUCUUUUGGAUAACUGUCAUUGCUCAAUUUCUUGGCUUCUUAAUAUUUAUCAUAUUCGGUUCCGCAAAAAUUCAACCAUGGAAUUAUCCAGAACAAUUAGGAGACACGAAUUUGGAACAGAUGGGCCAACGUCAAGAAACAAGAUCUUAAACGAACUUUUAUCUAAGUCGAUUAUUAACGAAAUUAAUUGAAAAAGAAAAGGACAUUAAUAUGAAAUUUAUUUACAAAA